UUCACUGCGAUAGCGAAAGCAGGAACGACAAUAAGGAGACACAGUAAAACCCUUCCUGUAUCUAUCUCUCGUUCUUUCCAAACCCUACACACUUCACACUUUCUUUCCCGCCAAUUCACAUUCCCUCUCUCGCCGGAACCACUCUCUGAGACGGCGGCAUGCGAUGGUCACUUCGAGAGAUGUUCAAGAGAUCGUCUCCAACCUCUCAUCCGAUAAAGCCAAAGCACGAGAGGAAGGGAUAAAGUUGUUGAAUACUUGGCUAGAAGGAGAAAGAUCUAUUGGAUUCUGCAAGUAUCUCGGGCAAAACACGGCAAACCUGAAGCCAAACGAAGUUCCUAAUUCUAAAACAUGGCCGUUUCUUAUCCCAUUGCUCAUCCAUUGCGUGACCUUGGAGGUAUCUGGAAGCAAGCGACGAUCACCAAAGUUGGUCUUUGCAAAAACACUCAGAGUUGUUAUUCAGCGAGCUGAAGAUGCUAAGUUUUCUGGCAAGAUGCUGCCUUUGUUAUCUGUGGUUAAGACGAUUUUCAGUCACAUUUUGGAUAUGUUGAACAAUGUUCCGAGCUUUCGGUCAGAAUACGGGCUUAUACUCAGAAAUCUAUUGUCAGUCCGAGAUUAUCAUUUUCACAUGAAGAAGCGCACUUACUGUGGCCUGACAAUUCUACACUUGGAGAAGGUGGAAACAAGCUUGGGUGGUCAACAUAAUCCAAAAGAGGAGGUCUUUCGAUGGAUCCUAACAUUCCAUUCUCUUUUAGAAAGUCCUCCCGGAGAUUUUCCUGAUAACCUUAGGGAAGACAUUGUUAAGGGUUUUGUUCGUAUUUUCUCUUUUGUAAGGGAUGAGGGGAAGGUUUCUCGCAAACUUAUCGAUUGCAUUAAUACAUUUUUGUUGAAGGAUGGUCCGAAUUUGGGCUGUCAGUCUAUGGAAAUUCAUAAUGCUUUGGAGCAAUUUGUGUUCCAUUGUUGGCUGUCAACACAUGAUCAGGGUCUCAAGGAUGCACUUACAUUUUAUGCAAGGCUACAACUUAAUCUUACAAGAGGUUCAGCCGUUGAUAGUUCUUUGGUAGAACAACUUUUGGAAGUUAUAUAUAAGGAGCUUGAACAAAGCAAUGUAUCCAGCACUAGCGUGCCUUGGAGUGAUGCAUCCAAGGAUGACAAGUUUGGAACUUUAAGCAACUCACAAUGUGGUUUGGUAGAGCUUGCCGCCCUUGUAAUAGAUCGGGCCUGCUUUAGUACCACAAAAGCACCAUUGGGCGAGAAGCGGUUGAAGAGAGAGCAUCCUGCUGUGCAUUUGAAGGAGGCACUCAUGAAAGGAAAAUGGUUAUGGCAUUCAGCAUUCUGUUGUCUUACUCGCAACCACUACAGUCAAGGCAAGAAGGAUCUUUUUGUGUACUGGUUUGAAGGAAUUUGUACAAGCUUUGAAAGAAUUUUGAGUGAUGCGAGUAUGUGCCACGCUUAUGAAGGACUUCUGUGGACUUUAAGGAGUUUGCGUGAACUUUGUUCUGUGUUAUUGGUUCAAGAUUCUAAAGUGGCAAUAUCUUCAAAGACCUCUUUCAGCCUGAAUGAGGCUGACCGAGGUUGGCAACUGAUAUGGAACUGCCUGAUGCAUGGAUUACCAAUAUUCAGUAAUAUAACUGUUAUUAUGGAUGAUGCUAUGAUGCUCCUUGGAGACAUUUUAUCAAGAGACCUACUGCAUACAUGUAUUGUGCCUCAAGAUGUAUGGGAUCUUCAGAUAUUUAAGCGAAUGCCAUCAGUGUCAAUUUUGUACUUCAUUACAAGCUAUUUUUCACAAAGGGGUUCUCAAGGUGACCUUUGGGAGGCUUUACGCCUCAGGAGAAAUCUCUUAAGGGUAAUAUUGGGCUAUCUUAAGUGGAAGGACUCCAUAUUCAACGAGCGUAUCGCUCUAUUAUUACCAGCCGCUGUUUAUGCUCUUUGUGCUGGAUGUGCAUGUUUUACGCAAUAUUACGAGGGAUUACUGCUUGAUCACUCUUUUGUAGAGAGUACUGAUGCUGGAGAUGAUUGGAUAAAGACAGAUGAAAGUGGACAUGAAAGGUUGCAUGAACUUUUUGACUGCUCUGUUGAUGUUCUUGCAGAAACUGAUUUGGGUUCUCAUGUUGAGGUUUCUCUGCCCGAAUACCAUCAAAGUGUACGACUUCCACGGCAAUUAAGAGAGCCGCUGCUUUGUGAAAUGGAGACAUGUAUUUUUGGAGCUCUAGAUGAUAAAGAAUUCGAAAGGCGACCUUUAUCUGAUUUGAUCUUUAUAUGUGCCCUGUUUUCAAAUUUUGCUUAUGGUUCUCUAAUGUCAAGGAAAAGAGAGGAAGUUUCAACAUUUCUCUCCAAAUUGGGACUGAACUUGUUGGAAUUGCUGGAUCAUGCUGUCAAUUUAGUUCAGAAUAACUGCAGUGAUCCUCAAUCUCUUGGUUGUUCAUUCUCUAACUUGGAUUUGAAUAAAAAAAAUCCUAUUGUUGCUUCAUUAAGAAGCUUUGUUUGCUCUCCCAUCUUUGUUAAAUCAAAAUAUCAAGAUACUUCAGAUUUCAUCAUACAUGGUACACUAGUUCAAUCAAUGGAGAGGUUUUUAAAAGAAUUGACCGGACGAUAUACUGAGCGGUCGGAAUGUGCAAGGAAUCCUCAGUCUGAGAUGCUUUUGCGGGACUUGGAUGUGAUUGAUAGCCGAUCGGAUAGUGAUAAGAGUAGAAUUGUCGAUAUGGAUCUCGAUGUUGACGAGGAUACCAAUGAUGUAGAUAUUCUAGAUCAUGGUGGCAAAAUUGGAGUUGGCCUAUCAUUUUUUGCAGUGAAAUGGAAACUAGGCAUGAUAUCAGUAAUUUCUACCUUUUUCUCACUUUUACAUCAUGUUACAUGGGAUAGUUUAUUUGAACUCAUGGAGAUGGAAUGGGACCAAAAGGUACGUGAGAAUAUUUUGUACCAUCUUUGUCAAAAUUCCUACUGGUCGUGUUCUACAAAGCUCAUGGGCGUGGUCAAUUUAAUGAAUGACAUGAUUGUGGUGCAAAUGAAUGCUAAACACAAUUGCGUCAAUAUACUAGCUGCUGCUUGUGGCUUGCUGUGUACGUUAUUAUCCUUGGACACUAGGGGGAAUGAUGUAAGCCUGCCCUUCAGGAAGGAGGAAUAUGUACAGAUUCUGAUGCAGCUGGGGGAUAUGGUUAACAAGGUUGCUGUAUAUGACCUUCUUGACUGGCGUGGACGUGUUAAGUUAUUGGAGUGCAUAUGUAAUUACAUCUUAAUUAAUCCUCAAAUUGGUCAGGCAAUGAUUGAGAGGAUGCUUUUGAUGCUUCGAGAUCCUGAUUAUCGGGUUAGGUUCUUCGUGGCUAGACGGCUUGGCAUUUUAUUUCAAACGUGGGACGGCCACGAGGAACUAUUUCAGGAUAUUUGUUCCAACUUUGGUGUAGUAUUGGUGACUGAUUGUAAAGGGAACCUUGUUUCUGCUAAGGAGGUUAUAGCUGCUGGUCCUCAGUCACAGCCUAUGAUUGAAACUGUUAUUAUUACGCUUAUGCAUAUUGCUUUGCAUAGUGAGGAAAGUGAGUUUCAGGCUGUUUUCAUGAUAUGUGUGAUUUCUGCCCUUGAUCCUUGCCACAGGGCAUUGGUGGAAAUUGUACUUGAUAAUUUGUCUCGGGAGCUUCUUUAUGAAAGUAGAAUAAAGUAUUUGGAGGAACUCAUGGGCUCGAUUAUUUUUUCCUGGGUUGCUUGUGGCGUUAGUUUAGUUGCACUUGCUGAGAUAAGACAGCUGUUUGUAUCAGAUGCAGAAACUUGUUAUUUCAUGCAAUAUUGUUGCCAUUGGCUUCUUCCAGCUUUAAUUCUUCAUGAGGACAGUUCCAACCUGAAUUGGGUGGCUAAGGUUGCUUGCCAACCUUUGGCAGUUCUAAUUAGAAGCCACUUUGUGCAAUUAUUUUCUGUUUGUAUGGCCUUGCAUUGCAGUAGAAGAUCUGGGUGGGAAAAGGGGGCAUCUAUUCUUGAGGGUUCAAUUUUGCAUUUAGCUGAGAUAUCUGAAGUUCAAAGAGACAGACUCAUAAAGAAACAUAUGGUAUCUAUUGUGAGCCACAUCUUCUCUCUCACCUCUUGUAUGUCAGACCCUGCUCUCCCAUUCUUUUCCAGAGAUGUAGUGGCACGUGGUAUUCAGACGGUUGUUGAUGGAUUUGUGGACAUGGGGGAUUGUCAUGCAAGGGUUGGCGUUAUAGACAAGAUCAACAUUUUUCGGCCAGAUAGAGUGUUUAUGUUCAUAUUAGAAAUGCAUUACAAAAUUGAGGCUGCAAUGCAUCAUAGGCACAGAUCUCAUCGAUUGGCAGGAAUUGAGGUGCUGGUGCAUAUUCUUGGGCAUAGGGCUGCUAUUUCAAGCACUUCUCGUUAUCUAUUCAAUUUGAUUGGGCAAUUCAUUGGUUGUCGUGCUUUGCGAGAUCAGUGCUGUCGUAUAAUUUCUGUGUUAUUGGAAACCUGUAGAAGUAACCUAUCCCCUGAAAUAAUCAAUGUCCUAGGGGAACAACUUCAGUUUUUGGUAUCAAAAUUGGUCGAAUGUUGCAUUCAGUCUGAGGGUUCUGUAAAACUGUCUGGCACUAGAUCUCAAGCUUUGUCUUUGCUCCACCAGCUGACAGUGUAUUCUGAUCCAUCUCUUCAUGAGUAUGUCAGAGAAUUGGAGCCAAUUCCUGAAACUGAUCUCUUCAAUGAAGUAAGGAAAUUCCAUCAGGAUUUAUGCCAGACUUACUCCACAAUGGACCAUUUACUAAAGUUUGCAAGGAGAUCUACGUAUCUUCCACCAAGGUUACUUUUGUCGAGUGUCCAAGGUCUGCAUAAGAAAUUAUUAAGGACAGAAAGUUCUCUAAGGGAAAGGGAAGCAAAAUAUCUUGUGGAAGAUACUGACUGGUACCAUGAUCAUGAAAUCAUCCAUGCAAUUUGGAGUCUUGCUCGCAUGUGUAGCUUGGAUGAUGCUAAUGAUAUAAGCUCACUGGUAUCGGACUUCAUUUCCAGGGUUGGCAUUGGUGACCCGCAUUCUGUUGUCUUCCAUCUGCCUGGAGACUCUAGUCACAUGCAUGUUUGUGGACCAAUGGAUCAAGAUGGUCCUUCUGAAUUCAAACUGCACAUGGAAACUGUUGUAUCUGAAGAACUUCUGGUUGCACUUAUGAAAAUUUUGAAGAAGUAUCUGAUGGAUGAUUCUGUUAAGAUAGUUGAUUUGACAUCUCAAGCUCUUCGGGGAAUACUUUCGACGGAAAGGGGUCAAAGAGCUCUCUUGUCAUUUGAUUAUUACGAGAGGUCUCUUGUUGAGGUUCACUCCAAGGGCGUUAAUGUCGAGUUGGUGGAAAAGUUACUAUUGGAUUUGGAAAGAAGGUUUAUAGCUGAGGAAAUUUCACUGGAGAAGUCUACGGUAUGGGAGACCCAUGGUAAAACAUUUGAGAAGUGGAUGUGUCCGCUUGUGUACUCGUUGAUUGGCUUCUGCAACGAUGUGAUCCUUAGAUUAUGUCAAGAUAUUGUGUUGCUGAAAGCUGAAAUUGCUGAGCUUUUAUUGCCAAGUGUGGUUGUCAAUCUAGCUGCAAGAAAGGAUAUGCAUGUUGGUCUUCACAAGUUAAUCUCUAUGCAGUUACAGGAACACAUAUUUACAGGGUCUAAUAAGUUGACAAAAUCGAUUCAAGUUUUCUUGAAUGCCCUCAAUGAAUUACGGUUAUGCCAUGUCAUGGAAAGGUCUUCUUCGUCAGUGCCAAUGAAGCGGGAAACUUCCAAGCCCUCUAGCUAUAGCUCCAAGUCUCGUUCUUCGUAUGCAAAGUCUCGAGAUGUAGUAACUUCCUCUAGUUCAAUGGCAAUAUCCACUUCUUUAUGGGAGAAGGUUUACUGGCUUUCCAUUGAUUAUCUUGUCAUUGCUAAGUCAGCAAUUAAUUGUGGUUCAUAUUUCACUGCUGUGAUGUAUGUGGAGUAUUGGUGUGAAGAGAAUUUCGAUGGCCUAACACUAGGGAGCCCAGACUUCUCCCAUAUUGAGACUUUGCCAGAUCACAUUGAAAUACUCAUCUCAGCAGUAACUCAAGUUAAUGAACAUGACAGUUUGUAUGGAAUUAUCCAGUCAUAUAAGAUGACUUCUCAAGUCAUUAUCUUUGAGCAUGAGGGCAACUGGAGCAAGGCCCUUGAGAAUUAUGACUUACAAGUAAGGUCUGACGCAAUGCUGCAAAUGGAUGGUGGUUUUGGAAAUAUGUUGCUAGAAAGUAACCAACCAACAUCCUACCUAUCUGCUCCUAAAUUGGAAAAUGAGAUGAGGCAGAGGAACUCUUACAAAGGGUUGAUCAGAUCUUUGCAGCAUAUUGGUUGCACCCAUGUUCUGGACUUCUAUUGCCAAGGAUUGACCUCUAGGAAGCAGCACUUUCUGUGUGAUUUAGAGUUUAUUGAGCUGCAGUAUGAGGCUGCUUGGCGCACUGGGAACUGGGAUUUCUCCGCAAUUUACGUCGGUACUUAUUCUUCUCAGUCUGUUCAACGUAGUAAAAGUGGUCAUUUCCACGAGAAUUUGCACAGUUGUUUGAGAGAACUGCAGGAAGGAAAUUUUGAUGAAUUUCAUAAAAAGCUGAAAGAUUCAAAGCAGGAACUUGUGCGAUCUGUGUCUCAUGCAAGUGAAGAGAGCACUGAAUAUAUCUACUCAACAAUUGUAAAGCUUCAGAUACUUUACCAUCUUGGCAUCGCGUGGGAUAUACGCUGGAUAUCAUCUCCGCAUGAGAGUGUAAAACUCUUUCCAGAGAAGCAAAACAAAUUGGCAGAGCCUCUUGUUCCUAGCAUGGAACAGUUAUCAUGGCUAAAUAUGGAUUCAAGCUCCAUUUUAGAGCGGACACAGUUGCAUAUGAACUUGUUAGAGCCGUUCAUAGCAUUCAGGCGAGUUCUACUCCAAAUCUUGAGUUGUAAGGACUGUACUGUGCAGCAUCUUUUGCAUUCUGCAUCCACUCUUCGUAAGGGCUCUAGGUUCUCUCAGGCAGCAGCAGCAUUGCAUGAAAUUAAGCUCCUCUGUGCUGGAGCCGUGGACCAACACUCAACUUCAUAUUGGCUUGGAAGGCUUGAAGAAGCAAAGCUAUUACGGGCUCAAGGUCAACAUGAAAUGGCUAUUAGCCUGGCAAAAUACAUCGCACAAUAUUGGCAAUCAAGUGAAGAAGCUUCAGAUGUGUAUCGGCUGGUUGGCAAAUGGCUGGCAGAAACUAGAUCUAGCAACUCAAGAACUAUUUUGGAGAAUUAUCUGAAACCUGCAGUUUCACUUGCUGAAGAUCACAAUAGUGUAGACAAGAGGGCCAUUGAGAGACAAAGUCAAGCUCAAUUUCAUCUUGCGCACUAUGCAGAUGCUCUAUUUAGGUCGUAUGAAGAAAGACUUACCUCUAAUGAAUGGCAAUCAGCAAUUUGUUUAAGGGAGCACAAGUCUAGAGAAUUGGAAGCACUAGUAAGGCGACUAAAUAGUUCAAGAAAGGCAGAGAGGGCAGAAUAUCAAAUAAAAAUACAAGAGUUACAAAAACAACUCACAAUGGACAAGGAAGAGGCUCAAAAAUUGCAGGAGGACAGGGACAAUUUCCUUGGCCUAGCACUGGAGUGGUAUAAACGCUGUUUGGUCAUAGGUGACAAAUAUGAUGUAAGAGUGGUGUUUCGGCUAGUUUCAUUAUGGUUCAGUCUCUCGUCCAGAGAAAAUGUUGUACAGAGUAUGCUUAACAGUAUUGAUGAGGUUCAGUCCUAUAAAUUUAUACCAUUAGUGUACCAAAUUGCUUCAAGAAUGGGCUCAAAGGAUGGGCUGGGGCCUCAUAGUUUUCAGUUUGCUUUGGUUUCUCUUGUGAAGAAAAUGGCAGUGGACCAUCCACACCAUACAAUAUUUCAGCUUCUUGCCUUGGCUAAUGGUGACCGCAUCAAGGACAAACAGCGCAGCAGAAACUCAUUUGUGGUGGAUAUGGAUAAAAAACUUUCAGCUGAAAAUCUCUUAGAAGAAUUAUCAUCAUAUCAUGGAGCUAUUAUCGGACAAAUGAAACAAACGGUCGAAAUCUAUAUUAAACUUGCAGAGCUUGAAACGAAGCGGGAGGACACCAAUAAAAGGGUAGCAGUACCAAGAGAAAUCCGCAAUGUUCAACAGCUGGAGCUUGUACCUGUAGUGACAGCAACCUUUCCGGUUGACCGCUGCUGUAAAUAUCCUGAAGGCUCUUUCCCAUACUUCAAAGGAUUGGCAGAUUCUAUAACGGUAAUGAAUGGAAUAAAUGCUCCAAAAGUGGUUGAAUGUUUUGGUUCUGAUGGUUGCAAAUAUCGGCAGCUAGCAAAAUCUGGGAAUGAUGACCUAAGACAAGAUGCUGUUAUGGAACAGUUUUUUGGUCUGGUUAACACAUUUUUACAGAAUAAUCGGGAUACAUGGAAAAGAAGAUUAGGUAUAAGAACAUACAAGGUGGUUCCCUUUACUCCAAGUGCUGGUGUUCUUGAAUGGGUCAAUGGUACUCUGCCUCUUGGAGAAUAUCUUAUAGGGAGCACGAGAAAUGGAGGUGCUCAUGGCCGCUAUGGUAUUGGAGACUGGUCAUUUAGUAAAUGUCGAGAGCACAUGUUAAAUGAAAAGGACAAGCGGAAAGCUUUCCAGCAAGUUUGUGAGAACUUCAGGCCUGUCAUGCAUUACUUUUUCUUGGAGAGGUUUAUGCAACCUGCCGACUGGUUUGAGAAGAGACUUGCAUACACAAGAAGUGUGGCAGCUAGUUCAAUGGUGGGUUACAUUGUUGGCCUUGGAGACCGACAUUCCAUGAAUAUCUUAAUUGAUCAAGCCUCUGCAGAAGUUGUUCACAUAGAUCUUGGAGUUGCAUUUGAACAAGGCUUGAUGCUCAAGACACCAGAGCGGGUUCCAUUUAGACUGACAAGAGAUAUAAUUGAUGGCAUGGGUGUCACUGGGGUGGAAGGGAUUUUCCGAAGAUGUUGCGAGGAAACUCUGUCCGUUAUGCGGACAAACAAAGAAGCAUUGCUGACCAUCAUUGAAGUCUUUAUCCAUGACCCCUUGUAUAAAUGGGCCUUAUCUCCUCUGAAAGCAUUGCAGCGCCAAAAGGAAAGGGAGGAUGAUUUGGAGACUCUCUUGGAAGAUUCUCAAGAAGAAUAUGAAGGGAACAUGGAUGCUGCACGAGCACUAAUGCGUGUCAAGCAAAAAUUAGAUGGAUACGAGGAAGGUGAAAUGAGAAGUGUACAUGGCCAGGUUCAACAACUUAUACAAGAUGCCAUAGAUUCCGAACGUCUAUGUCAGAUGUUUCCUGGAUGGGGGUCGUGGAUGUAAUAUUCUUUGUGAUCAUAGACUUGCGAAUCCAAUCAUCGUGUACAGGCGGCUUUUACUAUGAGCAUAUUCUUGAGUUGUUUUUCUUGCGUAAUUGAGGCUCUUAUGGAUUUUUGUGAAUCACUUGUGAAGCGGUGAGAUCAGGUGUACAAGGGGUGUUUUUUGGACAAAGUGAUAGGGCGAGGUGUAUUAUUAACGGGAGGUGUAUAGAGGGGGUAAAUUUGUUUAGUUUCCAAUAUAAUCAGUUUCCAUUAAAUUGUUAUUUCUUGAUGUGAAUACUACUUUUUUUA